AUGGAUUCCAGAACCGACGUUAUUGAUUUGGUGGGUAACACCCCAUUGGUUGAAUUAAAGACUUUACCAAAGUCUAUGGGUAUUAAACCAAGAAUUUUCGCCAAAUUAGAGUUAUACAACCCAGGUGGUUCUAUUAAAGAUCGUAUUGCUAAGUCUAUGAUCGAAUAUGCCGAAUCUACUGGCCAUAUCCACCCAUCCAGAACUACCUUGAUUGAACCAACUUCUGGUAACACCGGUAUUGGUUUGGCUUUGAUCGGUGCUAUUAAAGGUUACAGAACUAUUAUCACUUUACCAGAAAAAAUGUCUAAUGAAAAAGUUUCUGUCUUAAAGGCUUUAGGUGCUGAAAUUAUUCGUACUCCUACUGAAGCUGCUUGGGAUUCUCCAGAAUCUCACAUUGGUGUCGCCAAGAAGUUAGAAAGAGAAAUUCCAGGCGCUGUUAUCUUAGAUCAAUAUAACAACAUGAAAAACCCAGAUGCUCAUUACUUUGGUACUGGUAGAGAAAUCCACAAACAAUUGGUUAACUUGGAUCAAUUCAAGAACUUGAGAGCUGUUGUUGCCGGUGCUGGUACUGGUGGUACCAUUUCUGGUAUUGCUAGAUACAUCAAGGAACAAGAUGAAAAAAUUCAAAUUGUUGGUGCUGAUCCAAUCGGUUCCAUUUUAGCUUUGCCAGCUGCUUUGAACGAAACUGAUAUCACUUCCUACAAGGUCGAAGGUAUUGGUUACGAUUUCAUUCCAAACGUCUUGGACAGAUCUUUGAUUGAUGUCUGGUACAAGACCGAAGAUAAGCCAGCUUUCAAAUAUGCCCGUCAAUUGAUCGCCAAUGAAGGUGUCUUGAUCGGUGGUUCUUCGGGUAGUGCUUUCACUGCUUUGGUUGAAUACUGUAAAGAUCACCCAGAAUUGACCGAAGAUGACGUCAUCGUUGCCAUCUUCCCAGAUUCCAUCAGAUCUUACUUGACUAAAUUUGUUGAUGACGAAUGGUUGAAGAAGAACGACUUGUGGGAUGACAGUAUUUUGGAAAGAGUCAACGCCAAGAAGGCUCCAUCUGCUGAUAUUUUCAAGGGUGCUACCGUCAAGGACUUGCAUUUGAAACCAGUUGUCUCUGUCAAAGAAACCGCAAGUAUUGCAGAAGUUAUCAAUAUCUUGAAGGACAAUGCCUUUGAUCAAUUACCAGUUUUGACCGAAGAUGGUAAAUUGGCUGGUUUGGUCACUCUAUCUCAAUUAUUGAAACAAUUAUCCACUUCUAACACAUCUAAGGACCAAGACAUUAAAGGUUUAUACUUGAACUUCAAGAAAUUGAACAACUUCGAUGAAGUAUCUUCAUACAAUGAAAACAAAUCUGGUAAGAAGAAAUUCGUAAAGUUCACUGUUGACAGUAAAUUGUCAGACUUAAACUUAUUCUUCGAAAAGAACUCAUCUGCUGUUAUUACCGAUGGUUUAACUCCAGUCCACAUCGUUACCAAGAUGGACUUGUUAAGUUACUUGGCUUAA